AUGCUGCGGCAAGCAGAAAAUCUCCCUCAAAAGAAGAAACGAAAUCAUCUUUCUGUUCAAGAAAAGGCGAACGUUUCGAAACGUUUGGACGCCGGUGAAAAUCUGCAGGACGUAGCCGCGGACAUAGGGGUGCACCCAGAGACCGUCCGAAAGUGGCACAAAGCAGGCGCCACGUUGAACCAGUUUGUGAACCAGUGCGGGAACAAGGCGAGGAAAACCACGCGGCGCCCCGUGCUGGAGGAGUUGGACGGGGAAAUGAUUGCGUGGUUCUUGCAGCAGAGGGCUGAGGGCCACCUUGUUCCUACUCGGACGCUGCAAGAGAAGGCCAGGGCGGUGAACAAGGCGCUUGGCGGUGACGAGGCGUUCAAGGCCAGCACAGGCUGGGUGGCGAAAUUCAAAACGCGUCACGGCAUCGGCAGCACGGUCGAGGAGAAGUCAGCUGACGAAGACAGCGCCACCGUCGCCACUGACGAACUGGAAGAGUUCUUGGAGGAGGAGGGUUACGACCUCGACUACGUGUACAGCAUGGCCGAGACGCGGUGUUGCUGGAAGGCCCUGCCCUCUAGGCCUGAGGCGCACGCGGGGGAGAAGCGUGCCGACGGAAUGCCAAUGCCGUUUCACCGCUUCACCGUCGUGAUGUGCGCCAACGCGACCGGGACGCACCGGCUGCCGCUGAUGGUCGUCGGGAGGUACCGGAAGCCGCGGUGCUUCAAGCACUGCAGUGGCCUUCCGGUGUUCUACCGAGGGCAGGCGGGCUCCUGCCUCACCACCGCCCUGUUCGAGGAUUGGUUCGUCAACUGCUUCAAGCCGUUCGUGGAGAUGAAGCAGUUUGCGGCCGGUACCUCAGGCAGGGUGCUGCUACUCGUCGACAACCGCGCGGUGCACAAGGUUUCCGACGGCGGGCUUGGGGAUAAGUUCAGGGUUAAGUUCCUCCCAGCAAGCCCCGCCGCCCUCGUGGCGGUGCAGCCGUUAGAUCACGGCGCAAUGGUCAAGCGAGGAAAGUCCCUGUAA